UCUACCAAUUGAGGAAAACAGUAGAAGGAAGCCAUGAAAUUUCUCGCAAUAAGCAUGCUGUUCGCCCUUCUUGGCGUUUCGUUGGCGCUCAAGGAUCCCAUUUGUGAUCUCCCCCAUUCUGCGGAUGGGUACGGAGAUGUAGCAUGUAUGGCCUCUAUGCCUCAAUGGUCGUACAAUGCGGAAGCCAACGAAUGCAUCUUCUUCAUCUACGGAGGCUGUGGUGGCAAUGAGAAUCGUUUUUGGUCACAAUACGACUGUGAGCAGAAAUGCGUGGAAUAAAACUCAGAACCAACGACAAUAUUUAUGUUUAUCAGUUGAAAUGUGAAAAUGCGUUUUAUAGUCGUUAACUGAUUUUGAGUUUCCAUAAAAAACUGUUUAAUACCAAAUUAA